CGAUAUCCUGUUUACAAUUUAACAUGGGAAAGAAAAGGAUUUCUAACACAACUAUACAAGAAAUAACGUUGCUAUAACAACAGAAUGGGAUACAAAUAUUGAGUAAUUGAUGUUAGUAAUUAACUCUGUGCAUUUCCAGGUCAUUUUUCAUUGCGUCAUGUUUAAUUAGAUAGGUAAUUUUAAAACAAUUACAAAUGAAUGUGUCGCCAUCAUGAUUCAGCUGUUUUUUGUAUGAGUUUAUAUGAGGAAGCAUUUUCAUCGGAUGAAUAGUUGAGAAAAAGAAACGAUCAACAGGUUACAUAGUGAUCGUUUUGUUGCAUUCGUUCGUUUAAAAAAAUAGCAAUCAUGGGAGUUAUGGAGUAUUUCAGUGAAUUUAAAAAUAAAUACUUUUGGAGAGCUGUAUUUUGUGAAUUAUUAGCGACGACUCUUUUCGUCUUUGUUGUGACGACAGCAAGUAUAAAUUUCGGUGAAGCAGAGAUGAACAUUGUAAACAAAAUGUCAGUAGAAACAAUAAGAACGUCAUUACCGAUUGGAUUUGCUAUGGCGUUCUUGUUAAAAACAUUUGGACCAAUAAGUGGAGGGCAUAUGAAUCCAGCAGUAUCAAUGGGUGCUUAUGUUAAUGGAGAUGUGAGCAGUCCACGUGCUACCAUGUAUUCUGCUGCACAAUAUGUUGGGGGAAUUCUUGGCGCUGUUAUCACACAUUUUUUAACGCCAUCUGAACUCCGAAUUGAAUCUAAACUUGGCUCAGUGUUCAUUGGAAGUGGUGUAUCAACUGUCCAAGCGUUUUUUGUCGAGUUUAUACUUACCUUCAUACUUACUCUGGUGUUUCUCAGUUGCACAGAUAAACAGAGAAAACAUUCCGAUGGACCAUUGUCCAUUAUUGUAGGGAUAACAUAUAUUGGUCUUCAUUUUAUCGGGAGAGGAUAUACCGGUGGUUCAUUUAAUCCUGCAAGAGGGUUUGGACCGUCUCUGAUAUUUGGAGAAUUUGACACUCAUUCGUGGAUAUAUUGGGUUGCUCCAUAUGUUGGUUCUACAAUCGCUGGUCUUUUGUAUAGAUUUGUGCUGAAACCGUUGGAUCCAGUAAAAAUCUCUGGUACAAGUGACCAACAUACGACGAUUGAAAUGAAUAACGCGGCGUAACCGAUAUAACUACAUAUUAUAAAUUUUAUUUAUAUUGUAAAUAAUUUUUUUUGAUAAUAAAUAACCUGUUGAUAA